AGGUCUUUACUUGGAACCUUUAAUUCAAAAGCUCACAUUUGCAUAUUUUCAAUUCAUUUUACUCCUCUCUCUCCUAGUCCUUGUCUUUUCUACUCCUCCUGCAAUUUUCUUCUCAUACCCUAGAUUGCUUAGAAAUCUAGGGUUUUUCUUUUCUUUUCUUUUCUUUUCUUUUUGAGGUGUUACAGCAUGGUUUAGCUUAUUGGUUUGUAGCUGUCCUUUUUUGAUUCUCCUUCACAUUUCUUCUCAAAACAAUCUCUCCUAUUGGAUGUUGAAGGUGAAGCUGCUUCCUGUUUAACAUCAUUUUCUUUCUUUAUUUUAGUGGGUUUAGGUUGAAUUUCUAGUUGGGUUGUUUUGAUCCUGUUUUCAAGCACAAAAACCCCUGUAAAACCCUUUUUCUGAAAUUUCCCUGUGUUCAUAUUUUGUUGAAGGUUUAGGGCUAAUCCUUUGAAUGAAGGAUAUGAAAUUUUUCUUGUUUUUAUAUAUUUCCUCUAUUUAGAGAAAAACCCUUGCAAAACCCCUUUCAUGAACUUCCUUUUUUUUUUUUUUUCUAUUUAAUUUUUGUAACCUAUGAUUCAGUUUUAGAGGUUAGGCUUAAAGGGCUCUAAAGACACUAGCUUUAGCCAAGCCAGGACGAGAGGAAGUAAGAAAGGGGUGAAGUUUUGCUGUUGUGAUCUUGCACUGUAGCUCUUAGUAAAUGCAUGGAUGGAAGAGAAGCCAUGGCAUUAGCUAGUGGGUCAGCACCAUAUUUCAUUCAUAGAGGAGGUGGGAUUGUUGGGUCUGGGUCUGGAUCUCAAAUUGGUCCAAUACAUGUCCCACCUGGGUUCAGACCCUUGUCAAACCCCAAUCUAGCAGCUCAAUCAAAUGCCAGGCCAGGUUCAUCUGGCCCAGCAUUUUCAAUGGAGCCAUCAAAUGCAAAUUUUGCUCAUGGCAUUAACAUCGCUGUUCCCUCUGGGGUGCCAGUGGGUGAACCAGUCAAGAAGAAGCGAGGGAGGCCCCGAAAAUAUGCUCCAGAUGGGCAAGUUUCUCUUGGAUUGUCUCCCAUGCCAGUAAAGUCUAAGCCUCCUUCAGGGCCGGAUCCACUGACCCCUAGACGGGGCAGAGGGCGUCCACCUGGGAGUGGGAGGAAGCAGCAAUUGGCUCUUCUUGGUGACUGGAUGAAUGCUUCUGCUGGAGUAGCCUUUUCACCACAUGUUAUAUGCAUUGGAUCAGGAGAGGAUAUUGUUGCAAAAUUACUGUCAUUUGCCCAACAGAGGCCUCGGGCAGUUUGCAUCUUGUCUGGGACGGGUACUGUUUCUUCAGUAACCUUGCGCCAGCCGGCAUCUUCGGGUCCUACUGUCACAUUUGAGGGCCGUUUUGAGAUACUUUGCUUGUCUGGUUCAUUCUUGGUUGCUGAAGAUGGUGGCCCUCGCAAUCGAACUGGUGGUAUUAGUGCUUCUCUUUCUAGUCCCGAUGGUCAUGUCAUUGGUGGUGCAAUUGCAAGGCUCAUUGCAGCAGGGCCGGUUCAGGUGGUGGUGUGUAGUUUUGUGCAUGGAGGUUCUAAGAACAAGGAUAAACAGGUAGGCCGCCUCAAACUUAAUAAAGACUCCACCUCCCCGCCUGGUGAUAAAUCAGCUACCCCAAAAUCUGCUAUCCCCAUUAAUCAACCCCAAAAUUUCACUCCUUCUCCAAUGAACAUAUGGCCGGUUUCGCGAUCAGUUGACCUGAGAAACCCGCACACUGAUAUUGACUUGACGCGAGGAUGAUAGCUGCAACAGACACAUGGGAAAAAACUUUGUACAUAUGUGGUGUUGUUGUACAUGUAUAUGUAUUGAAUCUGGUGAUAAUUUUCAACAAUUUGGGUUCCACCUUGGUCUCCCUGGUAAUCGGCCAUGUCCAAUGUGUUUGUGCUAACGUAGUUUGUAACCAGAAUUCAUCAUUUUAUGAUUGCAAACUUACAAUUGAAACUUGUUGAAUUUUUUU